AUGACACAAAUGACCGUUGUGGAUGUUGAGGUAUGCGUGGUGGGCGCAGGAGUGUCAGGACUCAAGUGUGCCCAUGCUCUCGUUAACGACAAGUCCAACAAAUUUUCACCGAGCGAUAUUGUGGUAUUGGAGGCUCAGCAACGCAUUGGAGGCAGAAUACUUACAGACACCAGCCUGUCGAAACACGGGUAUUCCUACGACUUGGGAGCUGCUUGGUUUCAUGAUAGCCUUACCAAUGUAGUGCUACAAGAGUCUAUCGAUGAUGGGAGUUUCAAUUUUGACACCGACGGUUACUAUGACGAUAAGGACAUCGCGGUAUAUGCUGAAGAAGACGAUGGGCCAUUGGACAUGGAUGGGCUCAAGAUCAACCGAGUAGUGGAAGAAAUGGAAAAGUUCAUCGAGAUCCAUUUCUUUGAAAAUCUUGGCACGGAAGACAUGUCUUUACCGCAAAUUUUGGUGAAAUACAUGGAAAAGUACGGGUCCAGAUUGACGACACAACAAAAGAAGUAUUGCGAACGAGUUACGCGCUACUACGAGCUUUGGGACGGUAUAUCGUGGGACCAGAUAAGUGCCAAGUUUUGUGUCAUGGACCACAAUGGCCGCAAUUUGUACAAUAUAAAAGGCUACGACUUUGUGAUUCAAAAGUUGGCAGCGGGACUUCCAGAAGGUACAGUGAGAAAAAACCAGCAAAUCAAGUCUAUCGACACCUCUAAUGCGUCGUAUGUGGAGGUGGAAACAACCAGCGGUUUAAAGUUGAAAACUCGCUACGUUGUGUUGUCGGUGCCUUUGAGUAUCCUAAAGCUUGAACCACUGCACCCAUAUGGGAUCUCCUGGAACCCACCACUUCCCAAGAAAAUGUCCAAAGCUUUAGAUUCCUUGCAUUUCGGUGCACUCGGCAAGGUGAUUUUUGAGUUCGACACCGUAUGGUGGCCCACUGACCAGGAUAGGUUCUUGAUUCUCCCCAAGGCUAACGCUGGGAAUGUCAAGAAGGAACUAGAUGAUAUACCACCACCAUAUACUUACCCUACAUUUGCAGUCAACUAUGCAGCUGUGCAUCACAAGAACCCUCGUGCCAGUCUCGUUCUCUUGACUCAAGCACCAUUGACAAACUAUUUGGAAGCAAACCCAGAAAAAGCAUGGACUUACUACAAACCUAUGCUCAGCAAGUUAGCGAAAGGAUCCAAUGUUCCUGACCCUAUCAACACCAUAACAAGUCCCUGGACCCAGAACCCUUACGCUCGUGGAUCCUACGUAGCAUUGCAUCCUGGAGACGAAGCAGAAGGAAUUAACCACUUUCUUGGAACCGAUAAUGGCUAUGGACCUGGUGACGAGCGGAUUCGAUUUGUUGGUGAACAUACCGCCCUAGAAGGUGCAGGGUGUGUCCACGGCGCCUAUAUGAGUGGUCAGAGAGAAGCUCAAUGGAUUUUGGACGAAUGGAAGCAAAAGGCAUCACUAUAG